CAAAUCCAGAUGUUGGGAGCCCAAAAACACCCAAAAUGACCCAAAGUGUUCCUGAAACUCCGGGUUUGGGGGUUCAGACCCCGAAUCCAGAUGUUGGGGGGCCCAAAAAUGGGGGUCAGAUGCUGGUGGUGGACAGUGACACAGAUGUGGAGGAGGAGGAGCCACAUCCAGAUGUGGGGAGCCCGAAAAUGGCCCCAAAAGACCCCAGAAUUCCAGGUGUGGUGGAGGAGACCCCAAAUCCAGAUGUUGACGGCCCCAAAAACAGCCCUGGGCUGUUCCUGGUGGACAGUGACACAGAUGUGGAGGAGGAGGAGCCACAUCCAGAUGUUGGGAGCCCGAAAACACUCAAAAUGACCCAAAGUGUUCCUGAAACUCCGGGUUUGGGGGUUCAGACCCCAAAUCCAGAUGUUGGGGGGCCCAAAAUCGGCCCGGGGCUGUUCCUGGUGGACAGUGACACAGAUGUGGAGGAGGAGGAGCCACAUCCAGAUGUUGGGAGCCCCAAAACACCCAAAAUGACCUUAAAACACCCCAAAACUCCAGCUGUGGUGGCAGAGACCCCAAAUCCAGAUGUUGGGGGCCCCAAAAAUGGGCAUCAGAUGCUGUUGGUGGAGACUGACACAGAUGUGGAAGAGGAGGAGCCACAUCCAGAUGUUGGGAGCCCCAAAACACCCAAAAUGACCCUAAAACACCCCAAAACUCCAGAUGUGGCCGUGAAGACCCCAAAUCCAGAUUUUGAGGGGCCCAAAAAUGGGCAUCAGAUGCUGGUGGUGGGCAGUGAGACAGAUGUGGAGGAGGAGGAGCCACAUCCAGAUGUUGGGAGCCCCAAAACACCCAAAACGACCUUAAAACACCUCAAAACUCCAGAUGUGGUUGGGAAGACCCCAAAUCCAGAUGUUGAGGGGCCCAAAAUCAGCUGUGGGAUGUUCCUGGUUGACAGUGACACAGAUGUGGAGGAGGAGGAGCCACAUCCAGAUGUUGAGAGCCUAAAAAGGCCCAAAAUGACCCAAAACGUCCCUGAAACUCCAGGUUUGGGAGUUCAGACCCCGAAUCCAGAUGUUGAGGGGUCCAAAAUUGGCCCUGGGAUGCUGGUGGUGGAGAGUGACACAGAUGUGGAGGAGGAGGAGCCAAAUCCAGAUGUUGGGAGCCCAAAAAGGCCUAAAAUGACCCUAAAACUCCCUGAAACUCCAGAUGUUGCAGUGGUGACCCCAAAUCCAGAUGUUGGGGCCUCCAGAAGACCCAAAAUGGCCCCAAAAGUGCCCGAAACGCCGGGUUUGGGGGUGCAGACCCCAAAUCCAGAUGUUGGGGGCCCCAAAAAUGGGGGUCAGAUGCUGGUGGUGGACAGUGACACAGAUGUGGAGGAGGAGGAGCCACAUCCAGAUGUUGGGAGCCCCAAAACACCCAAAACGACCUUAAAACACCUCAAAACUCCAGAUCCGGUUGGGAAGACCCCAAAUCCAGAUGUUGAGGGGCCCAAAAUCAGCUGUGGGAUGUUCCUGGUUGACAGUGACACAGAUGUGGAGGAGGAGGAGCCACAUCCAGAUGUUGAGAGCCUAAAAAGACCCAAAAUGACCCAAAACGUCCCUGAAACUCCAGGUUUGGGAGUUCAGACCCCAAAUCCAGAUGUUGAGGGGUCCAAAAUUGGCCCUGGGAUGCUGGUGGUGGAGAGUGACACAGAUGUGGAGGAGGAGGAGCCACAUCCAGAUGUUGGGAGCCCAAAACCACCCAAAACGACCCAAAAUGUCCCCGAAACUCCAGAUGUGGACGUUCCGACCCCAAAUCCAGAUGUUGAGGGUCCCAAAACCCGCCGUGGGCUGUUGCUGGUGGACAGUGAGCCAGAUGUGGAGGAGGGGGAAGAGGAGGGCUCCGAUGCAGAUGUGGCCACCCAGCUGUUCCUGCCCCCUCCAGAUGUGGAAGAGGGGGAGGGCUCUGAUCCAGGUGUGGCCACCCAGCUGUUCCUCCCCCCUCCAGAUGUUGGGGCCCCGAGCUCCCCCCCAACUCCAGAUGUUCCAGGGCCUGAUUCAGGGGUGGGAGCGGACCCAGAUGUGGAGGGGGAGGAGCCAGAUCCAGAUGUUGGGCUGCCCAAACUCCUCCGGGCCCGCCUGGGUGUCUCCAGAGUUCCAGAUGUGGAGGGACCAGAUCCAGAUGUGGAGGAGGACCCAGAG